AUGCGCCUAACCUUCGUGCUGUUGGCUUCUCAACAUUUCACGGCGUGCGCGAUGAAGAUCCCGAGAGAGAAUAUCAAGUCCACUGGACUCAGCGUGGUCUAUGAGCCAGACAAUCGCACCGAUGUCAAUCUCGAGUAUGAUUCCUUCUCCUCGGUCCGCUCACAGUCUUAUCUGACCACAAUCAGCAUCAUUCUCGUUCACGGCCUGGGAGGCCACCCAGUAAAGACAUGGCUUCACACACCAGCAAACGAAGCCCCAGCCAAGAAGCCGUCAUCAACAAACCUCGCCUCAUCAUCAGAGAACGAGCCCGUGCGAGCGCUAUCGCUGAAACACCUCGCCUCCCCGAACCUCAAGAAGGGCAACACGCUCAAGAAGCCGCGGAACGGGGAAGCGCCCCCGCGGCUGCGCGUGUUCGGAUCGCCGCUCCGCCCGCGGUCGGUUGACUUUUCGGACGGCACUAGGGGGUCGUCCGAGAAUGUCACGGCCCAGAGGCCUGGCAGGACCCAGCGGCGGGGGUCCCGCCGCAACCGUCGCGCCGCCCCAGCGCCGCGGCAGAGCCCACCUGGGGGGUCGAGGCCCGCGCUGCGGAGAUGGGCGGGCGAUGACGAGGAGGCCGACGAGGCCUGUGACCUGGCGACCUUUUGGCCCUCUGACCUGCUUCCAGACUUGUGUUGCGACGCCAGGAUAUUCACCUGGGGGUUCCGCACGCGCACAGCCGACGGAAUGCUCGUCCCGGGGCAGUUCGAUAUCUUCAGUCGGGGCAGGGAGCUGUUGAACGACGUGAAUGAUCUGAUUGCCUCUUACGGGGAGCACGGUCAGAGCCGAGAGGUGGUCUUCGUAGCCCACAGCACGGGCGGGAUAGUUAUCAAAGAGAUGCUCCGCCUCGCACACUCAUACGAAGACACCCAGAACAGGCCGAUGCUCGCAUCGAUAGCAGGCAUUGUUUUCAUCGGGUGUCCGCUGAGGGAUUCGGCCAGCGGGACCAUGGUGGAAGCCAUGAGAAGCAUGGCGGCCGCGGCGAUAGGCGUGGAUAUGCAUGACCAUGUCCUCCAAGACCUCCUUGGCGGAGAUACACCACUGGCUUACGAGGGCCGUGACGCUCUUGAGGCGAUACGGCAUGAGUAUGGCUUCCCGGUAAAGACGUACCGAGAGACGAUCAUUAUUCCACCGGCGGACGACACACUGUGGCCUUGGGUAGCUCUGGCGCUUCGUCGAGACUCGGGGUCCUUGGAGGGUGAGAAAGAGCAGUCGGAGUAUAUCGAGGCGGACCAUCUCAACAUGUGCAGAUUUGCCUCGGCUGGGAAUGCCGGAUAUCGCUCGAUCGCCUCGUUCAUUCUCAGGCUGGCGCACCAUCGGUUGCUAAGGAAGCACCGCUUGACACCGGAAGAGGAGGCCAGCCUGCGAUUCUUGGCAGUGCCUGAAAGCACAAGUCAGCCUCCCCAAUCGUCGACGCCAACCAUAAUGUUUCCAGAGAUGCCAACUCGUAAGGCACCACCUUGGCUGCUUAAGCAUCCAGCCUUCAGGUCAUGGUACCACCGCAACAACCCUCAAGACCGCCACAAACCCCUUUGGCUCCGCGGUCCAGCAGCGUGCGGCAAGUCGGAAUUUCUGUCAUCCCUGAUCUCCCACAUCUCGACCGAGUGGUCGCCUGCAACCAACAGCAGCGCCAUUACCACCGUCAUUGUAGAAGGCGAAUCACUGCUCGAGUCCAUAAUCCAAAAAUCAGACGGUGCACCGGGCCAUAAUUACGACAGCAGAGACACCAACCAGGACAAACAGUACACCACCACCACCACCACCACCACCACCACCCCUCCCGACCAGACGGGCAAAAGCAGUAAUAGCAGCAGCAGCGCGCCCACGGGUGGCCCGACACAUGAAACAGCAUCCCCCCUGCGGACCAUUCUCCAGCAUCUGUGGGCGCACGACCCGCGGCUGCGGAACCUUGUGGGCGGGCUGGCCAAGGCAUCAUCCCUGCGAGCCAGGGAGGCAGAUUCAUGCGACCGGCCUGACAGGACGCAAAGUGACGCCGGGGCCCGGGAGCCACAGCCGCAACACCCCAAAGUCUAUUCUCGGCGGCCGAACAGUGGCCCCGGCGGCGGUGGUGCUGCUACUAAAGGCGCUGCUCAGGGGCCGCGGCGCAAGGGGCAGCUGGCUGCUGACGUCGGCGGCAGCAAGGAGGCAGGCCGGACUGCCCGCGAACGCAACGACGGCGGCGAAGAGGACGAUGCUAUCGCAGAUGACGACCGCCUGCGCAGCGGACACAGCAGCCAGCACCACUACCUGGACGGCGCGCGCCUCGUCUCGUUCUUUCUAGAGGACUACCUGCGACUCCAACUGCCACAGACCAGAGCACAGGCCAGGGAGGAGGGAAGCCGUGCGGCGGAAGUGAAAGUCAAACCCGAGGAGGAAGACAAGGGCAAGAAACCCAGCGCCGCCCGCCCCGAAGACACAAACUCAGCGGUCGUCGUCGAGACACCAGGUACGAGGCGCAUCUUCGUCUUCGUCGACAUCGCGCCCACGACAGCACCCGCCACCGCGCGCGACCUCCUCUGGUGCCUGGCCCAGCUCGCGCGCCGGAGCACACUGAGCAUCUGCGUCGCGUCGCGGGAGCUCGACGGCCCCGGGAUGGCGAUCAAGCACGGGGACUCAUACGCGGAAUGGCUGCGCGGCCCACGCGGCGCGGCAGCGGCGAUGGAGGAUGUGCGCAACGAGGAGGAGGAGGAGGAGGGCGAGGAGGAGAGCACAAUGCUGACGGUAGAUGUUGCAACGUCCAACGCCGAGGACGUCGCGAGCUACAUCGAGGCGGCCCUCCUCCCGGACAUCGAGGACCGGGACGUCCUGGCGGCCAAGCUGGCGGAGCGGUCGCGCGGCGUCAUGUUCUGGCUCGAGCACGCCGUCGCCAUCGUCAACGACGCCAGCGAGGACGGCGUGUCGGGCGAGAUCGUGUGCAGCAUGCUGGACGACAUCGCGCCCGAGGUCAGCCCACCCGCAGUGGUAGCAGGGGCAGGGACAGGCCCCAUGCUGCAGGUCGCCUCGAGGAGCCGCAGCGGGUCGUCGUCGUCGGUCAUGGCGGCGGCGAGGGCGCAGGAUCCCGGCCAGGCGAGGCUGGACGAUCUUUAUACUUGGAAGCUGAGGCGGCUGAGCGUGGGCGAGGCGCGUGCUGCUCUGGUACUCAUGCAGUGGGUCAUGCUGGCACCCGAGGCGCUGAGGCUGAACGAGCUGCUGGUUGCGAUACGGUUGACGAUGCUUGUCUGGCCGCAGAACGGUAGGAAUGCCGAGGAACAGGGAGGUGACUUGGGCGCGAGAGCACUCGACAUUGAGCCGCCGAUGAGCUUGCGAGAUCUGCGACGAAGACCAGCCGGAGGAGCAGAGUACGUACCGGCCGACAACCCGUCGCAGUUCUGGCGGUGGGCACGGCGAAUAUCGCAAGGGCUGGUGAAAUUGGAUGGGGAGUCGAGGAGCACGACCAACAGCAGCAACAGCAAGGUCUCGUCCGAGCCACUCGGCCUCCAGCGCGUGGUGCCCGCCCACGAGUCGGUGCGACACUUCUUCCUCGAAGGAAGAGGUUUCCAGAUCCUCACGCCGUUGCCAUUACCGACGCAGUCCCCCAGCAGCAAGACAAAACAACCACCCCCAACAAUAGAACAGCUCAUCGACACGAGCUACUACGCCCUCCUGCACACAUGCCUAGUCUACCUAAACAUGACCGACUUCGACUCCCUAAGCCGCACCAGCAGCGCCAACAGCAACACGACCUCCGCCCACAUCCGCACCCCGUCCGAGCCCCCCUCAGAGGCAGAGGAGGAAUCCACCCGCCUCCACCGCUCCAACGCCGAGGCCCAGCGCGCCCUCGUGACAUCCUCCUACCCCCUCCUGCGCUACACAGUAGACAACCUCCUCUUCCACCUCCUCCGCCCGAGGGCCCUGCGCUACUUCCCCCCGCAGGCCCGCCUCCUGCGCCUCCUCACCGCCGACGGCUGCCGCAUCUGGCGCCGCUGGACCCGCCUCCUCGGCAUCCCGGACACCACGGGAGCAGACGUGCCCGGCGCGGUGCUGGACAAGGCCCGCCAGCGCCCCAGCGCCGCCGUGCUGCUGCGGCCCGUCUACGGCGCCUCCUUCCGCCUCGAGAGGGUCCUGCGCCGCGCGUGCAAGACGGCGCGGGAGCAGGCCGUGCUCGCGGCGAGGGCGAGGGCCAGGUCGAGGCUGAGGUCGCAGCGGAGCGCGAGGAGUGUCAAGAGUGCCGCUGGGGACAAGGCGCCUCCUACGCCUAGGACGCCCACGCGGCCGCCGAUGGUGCGGUCCGCGAGCGAGCAGAGUGUUGUGUUUGCGCUGGUGGGCGGAGGGGAUGAUAUGCCCAAGGCACAGUGGUUAGUGCCCAAGAGCCCGCGGUCGCCGCGGCUGAGAUCUGAUUCCCUUGGGUCGAUUGGGUCGUCGCCCAUGUCCAACCCGGCGUCUCCUGGAGUGCUUCUUGGGAUUCAAGAGGUUUGA